UUGCAAAAUAUUGUGAGUUUUUCGAAAAGAUUUUUGGAUUAUGAUUCAUUUUCUGAAUUUUUCAGCUUAGCUUCCAAAGCUGUGCUUGUAAAGCAGUCCAAAUUUGCUCAAAACCCGGGAAAUCGAUUGUGAGUAUAUUUUUCAAUCAAUUUUCUUAUCGAAAAAUCAUUCCGAAUUUUCAGGAAUCCUUCAAAAGGUAUUUGGAUUGUUAUAAACAUCCAACAAAGAUGAAUGUAGCUUCAAAAGCUGUCAAGGAGUCCAACUCGAAUUCAAGUUUGCUCGAAAUCCAGAGAUGCGCGAAGUGUGAUUUGAGAAGAUCAAUAAAUCAUCGAAAUCUUGUGGAUCUUCUUGUGAAUGUAAGUUUUUGGUUUUGUGGGCUCUAUAAAAAUCUAUUUUUUCAGAAUUCCUGUAACUUCUGGCAACAUUUUUUUAUAUCAACUGGUCUACAUUGUCUUUCUAAACAAGAUAUACUUCUUCAACAAAAAUUUGGUCUUCAACAAUAA